AAUGAUAAUGCCAGCAGUUCGUGUUCGGAUGGAAUUAGAUUUUUUUCAGUAGCUGAAAAUGGACGCAGUAACUGCUUUAAUUUUAGGUGCACUAACUCUUUUGAUUUCGAUAUGGUUGCUAUCCAACAAAAAUUCAAAAAAACAUCCACCUGGGCCGACUGGUUUACCUAUUGUAGGCUAUCUUCCUUUCUUAACGAAGGAGCCGCAUAAAAAAUUGACCGAGUUGUCCAAAAUUUAUGGUCCGGUUUACAGAGUGCGGCUUGGUAGUACAAAUGUCAUUAUUCUAACUGAUUUUGACCUCAUGAAAGAAGCCUUUUGGAAGGACGAGUUCAUGGGCAGACCACCAGACCUACCUUUUGAACUGAGCAAAGAAACAAUUGAAACUGGAGCUUUCAACGAUUUGCCUUGGAAGGAACAAAGACGAUUCACUUUGCACAUGCUUCGCGAUUUAGGCUUUGGAAAAACGAAAAUGGAGCAGCAUAUGAAAGAAGAAAUUCAUGAACUCAUUGAUAUACUGGUCAAAAAUGCAGGGAAAGCUAUCAAUCUCUCGGACAUGUUAGCAUCGAGCAUGUCAAACAACAUAGCGGCGUUAAUUUUCGGAAAGCGCAUGGAAUUCAACGAUCCACAGCGACUGAAAUUAAAUCGUGUUAUACAAAAUGUAGGCAGACUUGCUGGAGCCGUGUCAUGGCAUAUAUAUUUCCCUUGGCUCAAAAAAUUCUUCGAUACCUUCAAUAUCGGAAACAAAGGCAAAUUAGUAAGAACUUUGAUGAAAAUGAAGAACUUUUGCAGGAAAGAAAUUGAAAGUCAUGAAUCAACUUUGGAUGCUAAUAACCUUCGUGAUUUUAUAGAUGGGUUUAUUUUAGAAAUGCAAAAAAAGAAAAAUGAUCCAAAUACUACAUUCCGAAAGGAAGUUCUGGUCGAUAUCUCUAGGUUACUAUUUGGCGCCGGCAGCGAAACUGUGCGAGUCACUUUGGACUGGAUGCUGUUCACGUGUGUCGCUCGCCCAGAAAUUCAGAAGAGAAUCCAUGCCGAAAUCGAUGAAGUGAUUGGACGCGAGCGCUUUCCAACAUGGGAGGAUCACCUACGCAUGCCAUUCACCGAAGCCGCCUUGACAGAAAUUAUGAGGUGGAAAAGCAUCGUUCCACUCAACGUCAUGCAUUACACUCUUCAGGACACAGAACUCAAUGGCUACUUCAUACCGAAACACACGCACAUCUUGAGUAUUCUGUGGGCUGUAAAUUUUAACGAGAAACUAUGGGGGAAAGAUGUAAAUGAAUACAAGCCUGAACGAUUCUUAAGUGGCGAUGGCAAAAAGGUUAUUAAACCGGAAUAUACCAUUGCUUUUUCUGUCGGUAAAAGAGCAUGUCCUGGUAAAAUACUGGCGGAAAUCGAAACAUUUUUGUACCUGGUAGCUAUUUUACAGAAAUUCGAACUGUCUGUUCCACCUGGGCGAAAGAUUUCUUUGGAAGAAAAGUUAGGAACAACUCUUUUUCCGCCAAAGCAAGAUUUGUAUUUGAAACUGAGACAUUACGAGGUGGAAAAAAAUAUUAAGGAAACGUUUCAUCAGGGCUUUUCUCAAAUAAAAGAUUGUUGGAAUAAGGUCGAUGUCAACAAGUCGUGUUUGAAUGGAAUAGGAUACUUUCAGUCGCUAAAAAUGGACACAAUAACUGCCAUAAUUCUAUGUGUAUUGACUUUUUUGGUUUCAGUAUGGCUGUUAUCUAAUAAAAAAAACAAAAAAUAUCCACCUGGGCCGCCUGGCUUGCCUAUUGUAGGUUAUCUUCCUUACCUAACGAAGGAGCCAUAUAAGAAAUUGACUGAAUUAUCCAAAAUUUAUGGUCCGGUUUACAGUGUGCGUUUUGGUAGCACAAAUAUCAUUGUUAUCACAGACUUUGAGCUCAUGAAAGAAGCCUUCUGGAAGGAUGAAUUCAUGGGCAGACCACCAACCUUACCUGUGGAACUGAGCAAAGAAACUAUUGAAACGGGGGCAUUCAAUGAUUUGCCUUGGAAGGAAGUAAGACGAUUCACCAUGCACAUGCUUCGCGAUUUAGGAUUUGGGAAAACAAUGAUGGAGCAACAUUUGAAAGAAGAAAUUCAUGAACUCAUUGAUAUACUGGUCAAGAAUGCAGGGAAAUCUAUCAAUCUCUCGGACAUGUUAGUAUCAAGUAUGUCAAACAACAUAGCAUCUUUAGUUUUCGGAAAGCGCAUGGAAUUUAAUGAUCCGCAGAGACUGAAACUGAACCGUAUAAUACAAGAAAUAGGCAGACUUGCUGGAGUCGCAUCGUGGAAUAUAUACUUCCCUUGGCUCAAAAAGUUUUUCGACACUUUUAAAAUCGGAAGCAAAGGCAAAUUAUCAAAAACUUUAAACGAAAUGAAGAACUUUUGCAGGAAAGAAAUAGAAAGACACGAAUCAACUCUGGAUGUUAAUAAUGUUCGUGAUGUAAUUGAUGGAUUUCUUUUGGAAAUGCAGAAGAGAAAGAAUGGUCCAAAAUCUACUUUCCAAAAAGAAAUUCUGGUUGAUCUCUCCAGAUUUCUUUUCGGAGCUGGCAGCGAAACUGUGAGAGUCACUUUGGACUGGAUGUUGUUCACGUGCGUCGCUCGGCCAGAAAUUCAAGAGAAAAUCCAUGCUGAAAUCGAUGAAGUGAUUGGACGUGAGCGUUUUCCGACAUGGGAGGAUCACUUAAACAUGCCAUUCACCGAAGCCGCCUUGACAGAAGUUAUGAGGUGGAAGAGCAUCGUUCCUAUCAACGUUCCCCAUUACACUCUUGAAGACACAGAACUCAAUGGCUAUUUCAUCCCAAAACACACUCACGUCUUUAGUAUUCUUUGGGCUGUAAAUUUUAACGAGAAACUAUGGGGGAAAGAUGUCCAAGAAUACAAGCCUGAGCGAUUCUUGUCUGAAGACGGGAAAAAGGUGGUUAAACCGGAAUACACCAUUACUUUCUCAGUCGGGAAGCGAGCAUGUCCUGGUAAAAUAUUAGCAGAAAUCGAAACAUUUCUGUACUUGGUGGCUAUUCUGCAGAAAUUUGAACUAUCUGCUCCACCUGGACAAACAAUAUCAUUGGAAGGAAAGUUGGGAACUUCUCUUCGACCACCAAAGCAAGAUUUGUAUUUGAAACUGAGAUAUUAA